AAGAAUUGGUUGAAAAGCAAGCUCAUAUGAAGCAUGCUAAUGAAGUAGAAGUUGAAAAAAAUACUUGUAAAAUUGGUAUUCAAACUGAUAAUAUUAAUAGUAAGGAGACCCGUGAUAUUGGUAUACAAAUAUUUGAUAAUAUGUCGCAUACUCUUGAAAGUUAUAUUUAUUUAUUACAAGCGCAAUUGAAUAUAAAAAUAAGUAAAAUAGAAAAUCUUCAAAAACAAUUAAAAUAUGCGUAUGACUAUGUAAUAGAGAAGGUAAAUUCCAUUGAUCUGGCUAUUAAAAAUCAAAAAAGCAUUGGAAGUCAAUCUAAAUGGUGUAAGAAAUGCAGCAUGACUAACAUUGACAAUAGAAAAUGUAAUUACUCUAAGUGCAACAAGAAAUUAGAUUCGUUAAUUACUUUACAAAUAGAAUCUGUUGACGAAAUUAAUAAUACAACUCCCCAAUCAAGAUCUCUUAUAAUAAAAUCUCAAACAUAUACUUACAAAAAAAAA